AUGCCGCCCUGUGCCACCCCCGAGGCAAAAGACAUCAUGUCCUCCCUAAAGCACGACCCGGCCGGCCGGGGCUUCACGCACCUCGCCACAGACGGCGUGCUGCGCUCCUUUGACGGAGACCGCAAGGUCGUCGACUAUCGGCGGCUGAGCCCCGCCGAGAUCCAGAUCGUGCUGCAGAUUUACCCGCCGCAGCUGCGCGAGAAGGUCAAGGAUAAGUUUGUUGGUGUUGAUGGGCGGGAUGUGCUGGAUGAGGAGAGUUUGUGGAAUCCGAGGAAAGAGCUGGCGCCGUUGAUGGCGGGUGAAGAUGAAAGGGAGGGAGAAGCGGAGGGGGAGGGGGGUGUGAAGGCACCGAGUUCGACGCCCGUGGGUUGA